AUGUUGGUGUGUUGCUCUUCAGAGGCUCGGCCUGGUGGCUGGGGUUCAGCACUGCGCGAAUUACAUGUGCGCGCGAGGCUGAACGUGAGCCUCCGCGUCAAGGUGCUGUCAGGCUCCGAAGGGGAUGCCGUCAACAACCUGCUGAACCCCUUGGGGAGCGGCCUGUCUCAAGAAGAGCCUCCAGAGGAAGAGAACCCCAGCGAGGACGACGAGGGAUCCGGCGGCAGCGCUGCGCCUGAAGAGGAUGAGGACGGCAGCACAAAGCAGCUCCCUGGCCUUUCCAUCAGCUUCAUGCCCAAGGGCUCCUUGCUAGGUGGCAGCGCGAAGGAUGAGAAGAAGAGGAAGGACAAGGACAAGAAGGACAAGAAGGAAGAGAAGGAAAUCCGCACUCCGGCUGGCGCCCUGGAAGAACCUGCACACUGA